CGACAAAGUGAUUACAUAUGGUUUUAUUUAAAGCUUUCUGACGUGUGUGUGCGGAAACGAUUGCGCGCGCAAUGAAUCAAGCACCAGUAUCGUGUAUUCCUGCGGGGAAGAUGUCAAAGGCGAAAAAAGUGCUCGAUGAAGCAAGAGAGAUCCAAAAUCCUGAACUGGAUCUCGUCGACAAGGGCAUUGCAUCGUUCGAGGAGAUGCCAGGAUUACUUAAUAUGAUCAAUGUGACCAGAUUAUCAUUGAGCCAUAAUAAAAUACAAGAGGUACCUCCAGGAUUGGCUAAUUUAGUCAAUUUGGAAAUAUUGAAUCUUUUUAACAAUCAUAUCACCGAAUUGCCUAUAUCUUUAUCUCAGAUGCCGAAACUAAGAAUCCUUAAUGUAGGGAUGAACAGAUUAGAUAUUUUACCUCGUGGAUUUGGUGCUUUUCCAGUACUAGAAGUUUUGGAUCUAACUUAUAACAAUCUCAGUGAAAAGAAUUUACCUGGAAAUUUUUUUAUGAUGGAAACAUUAAGAGCUCUUUAUCUGGCUGAUAAUGAUUUUGAGUAUCUACCACCUGAAAUUGGACAAUUAAAGAAUCUUCAGAUUCUUGUAUUAAGAGAAAAUGAUUUAGUGGAAUUACCAAAGGAAAUUGGGGAAUUAAGUCGUUUAAGAGAAUUGCAUAUACAAGGAAAUCGCUUAACUGUUUUACCUCCAGAAUUGGGAAACUUGGAUCUAGUGAGCAAUAAAGCUGUAUUUAGAAUGGAAUUUAAUCCUUGGGUAACACCAAUUGCUGAUCAAUUACAAGUCGGUAUAUCUCAUGUAAUAGAUUACAUUCGUUCGGAAACAUAUAAAUACGUUUACAGUCGACAUCAAAGCGCUAAAGGACCGCCACCUCCAAUCGAGAAUGAUAAAAGCAAAAAAAUUUCACGUGCUCGUUGAUAUUACAAAUAUUUGAUACGCUUAAAGAUUUAACGCUAAAGAUAAUGAUUUUAAUUCAUUCACUGCCAUUAAUCACGUACAUACAAUGAUAAAAUACUGUAAUAAAAAUCAGAGACGCUAGUGCCUUAUCUAUUUUUUAUAUGAUAUUAUUAAUUAUAUUUUUUAAUGCUAUAUAGAGGAUUCACGUAUUUAUUAAGCGUAAUACAAAAAUAUACAAGAGAGUGUAUACAAAAUGUAUAAAUAUAAUUCGAAUAACGUUAUUAUUGUAUGGCUUUAAAUGCGACUAAUGUAAAUAAGAGAUAUUGUAUAUUUUAUAAAAUAAAAUAUAUCUUACCGAUUUAAAGAACGAA